CUCGUGCUUAAAAAUGUCAUGCACGAAUAUGAGGAAGUUAUGAACAGACUCAUCAUUGAAAAUGAAAAGUCAAAGGAAUCAUGCAAUGGAGUGAUGGUCGACCUGAGGAGAGAGAGGGACCAAGCGUUGGAUGAUUUGCAAUCUGUAGAAACAGCAUUUUCAGACCUGCACAAGAGAUAUGAGAAGUGCAAAUCCGUUGUUGAUGCCUACAGAAAGAAUGAGGAAACGUUGAAGAGUUGCAUGUUGGACUAUCAAGAAAAGCUUGUCAAGAAUGAUGAAAAGUACAAAAGCUUCAAACAGAUGGCUGAACAGAAAAUAAACUUAGCCAACGCUGAAAUAGAUAAAGUCAAGAAAUCAUCAGAUUCAGAAAUCAAGGUGUUACAAAUUGCUAUCAGGAAGUUAGAGAUGAAGGCCGAGGGGCUUCAAAAGUCCAUUGAACAAAAGACCUUGGAGAACACUGAACUUACAGCCAUUUGCGACGAAUUACUAUCGAAAGCUAAAUAGUUGAAUUAUGUAUGAAUAAUGAUAUAAUUAUAUUAAUGAAUGUGUCAGUUUAUUGCUUCACUUGUUCGUUCAUUCGAUUUGGUUUUAACUCGAGCCUUGCUCUGGAAUAAGUUUUUUAUGUUAUAGUUAUAUACAAUUAAACAUUUAUGUAACAAACGCUCGUAAGUGUUGAUAAUAAUGAUGAUGUCAUUUGUGCAGUGCCCUAAGCAUAGCGUCAGAGGCGCCCGGAUAAGCAAAUGUCAGCACGGCCAGCAUGACAUUUUUUUAUUACUGUUCGAACAGAUACUGUUUCAAUCGCUUCUUAAACAUUUCUAUCGAUGAUUGUUGACGGAUGAUGAUUGGCAAACUGUCCCAUAUUGUUAAGUAAGUUUGCUGCGUUCUUCCCGGUAAUCUCAUAUCCGACCAGUUUCACUGAGCCAUUAUAUAUUCAAAGUUGACUUGGAAUCGCCUAGAUGAAUGUCAUUUUGUCAAUGCGUCCUUUUCAUUUCACAAAUGUUGAAUAUAUUUUCAAAUUAAACGAAAAACAUUGCUGGUACAGUAGCCCAGUUUUGUUGCUUAUUGUGAAGUUUCGACGGUAACUUGGUCUGACGAAUGCCGCAGGUUCGCGAAAAAUAUCGUUGUGCCCGACUGAAUUAAACGUCUCAGCAAACUGGCGAGUCAUUUGCAGUGGCGGAUUUAGACCACUUUGGCUGGGGGCCACAAUUUUUAAAAUGUUCAAGUUUAUUAUAUUAUAUAUUGGACGUCGCGAUCGCAAAGUGUCUGUGAUGCUUUGUUUCACAGUAUUUACAGGCACUGCGUGUUUAUUGCUGUGCUGAUAUCUCUGAAAAUAUUGCAAAGAGAAAAGCAAUAGAUAAAUAAAAAUAAAUGAAUAAAUAUUGUAAUCAGCUUAUGCUUUAAGUUAAUCUUAAUAUAGAUUGAAUAAAGUAAUUGAAAGCGUAUGUGAAGUUUCUAUCAAUAUUUUCAAUUUUAAAUCGUAAAAUUGUUCUUCAUAAAAAAAUAUUUUAUCACAAAAGAAAAAAUUAUAUAAAAAGUAAUGUCAGUUGGAAUGUCUGGCGGGGCACACGCGUCAUCACACUUGCGUACAUUUGUUGUACAACAUUCAUUCAUUUUGUAACACUGUAAAUUCGAAUUAUUAUAUAUAUUCUGUAUCACUUGUUUAAAAAGCUGGAGAGCGUAUACUGAACACGAACAUUCCAUGUUGCUAUGCACAACUGGCUAAAUAAAAACGUCAAAAUACGUGCGGCCAAAAAUUUUAACAAGGUCAUUCACAGUUGAAGUAAAAAGAGAAAUCUUACUAACAUAUUUAAAUGUUAUUACUACAACAUUACUACAGAUAUUAUGGCAAUUUGUUGCAUUUAGGCUUUAGGAAAAAACCUAAAGAAAUAAAAUUAAUUGGACCUUAUAUCAACAACUUCAUCUAGUCAGUUACUAGGGUGGUUGCUACAAACGUCAACUUUGGAAGCAGUAUCAGUAGUUUUACUGAUAAUCGUACUACAACUACUAAUAAUAGCAGGGCCAGUAGUGGCAGUGCUAGUAGUCAGGUAGAGAGACUCCUUAAUAAAUAAAGGGAUUGAAACUUCCUGUGCUCCAUGUCUCUGGUCAUUCAUCGAACGACAUUGAAUGUCCAGUAUCAUGUCCAGUAAGCGAUCAUCAUUGAACUCCGAUGUUUGGUACAAUUCGGGAUUUGAAAUUUGAAGAACUUUAGAGGAUGAUGAUGAGCAAUCUUUCUGCUGCUGUGAUGUUCUACCGCUCUUGUCUGGCGAGUUUCGUCUGAUAAAGUUCAAGAUGCUUGACCUGCUGCUGCUGUUGUGUUGGUGGAGUUGUUGUUGUUGAGAGUUGUUCGAAUCACCGCUGCUGUACAAUGUUGGCGGUGGGCGGUCCUCUGAAUGGUCAGCCAGAUUUUUAAAUGAUUUCGAUAGUUGAAUAUCGUUAAUAUUGCAGACGCCGAGUUCAUCAAAUGUUAUGUAAUUUAAAUAAGCGGGGUUCCAACGGACGCAAUCAUCAAAAAGAUUGUUCAAGAGUUGAUGGGCUGCUGAUAUAAAUAAAUCCUGUGAUUUCCCAGCUGGUUCCAUUUUCGGAUUCAGAACCGUUGGUGAAAAUAGUUUUGGGGAACAAAGAUCGAGUUCGGUGAAUGAAGAUGAAGGAUGUUGUGCUGCAUGCUGUUGUUUCAGAUGGGCAACGACGUGUUUGCAGUUGACAACGUCAACCAUCACAUCUGCACUAAGCUCCACUGUCGAGCCUGCAAUUAGCAGUAUGCAGUCUUGGAUGCGGAGAUGAUGUUUCGCGGAUGUCCUCUCGACAGCCUCAACGAGGCUCACAUCCCUGCUGCACUUUACGAGGAACUUUGCAUUGUUCCUAGAUGGCACGUCCAGACGAAAGAUGGCACGUUUGAUGAGGGUGAUGCCGUUUUUGUCUGCAGACUGUCUGACAUCUAUUAUGUCUGCGUCUAUAUUUAUUGUAUUGUUAAUUGAGGCAUCGAUCAAAUCAUAAAAGAGGAAACCAGGUUUCAUCACGUGCUGGUUGUCUAUGAGAACAUCUCUCAAACACGUCACUUUGCUUGCGUCAUAACUCA